AUGAAAGCCUUCCGUUUCCUCGGCCCCGACAAGGGCCUUGUCCUCCAAGAUGUCCCCAUUCCAUCUGCGGGCCCCGAACAGGCUCUCAUCCGCGUCAAAGCCGCCGGGCUCUGCCACUCCGACACCCACGUCCUCCACGGCGGCGGCGCAGCGUGGAUGUGCGCGCUGCCCGUGACUUUGGGCCAUGAGGUCUCUGGUAUCAUCACCGAGCUAGGCGACUCUUCAACCACAUCAUUCAAAGUCGGUGACAGGGUAGCUGUUGCCUGUGUAGGCCAUCCGAUCCAAGAAAGAAAUUUCCACGAAGCUCUAGGUGUCGGCUGCGACGGUGGAUACGCCGAAUAUGCUGUCGUCCCCGUCAAGAAUCUUGUCAAGCUUCCAGAUCAAGUGGGGUUUGCCGAAGCUGCUGUGGCUACGGAUUCCGUUGCUACUGCCUAUCAUGCCGUCGUCGCCGAGGGUCGAGUAUCUGCAUCGCACACGGUUGCUGUCAUUGGCCUAGGCGGUUUAGGAUUGAACGGACUGGCGAUUGCGGCACACCGCGGUGCUAAAGUCUUUGGCGUCGAUAUCAACACGGACAAGUUUGAACAGGCCAAGGAAUUUGGUGCCGUCGACUGUGCCAUAGACUUGAGUACGUUCUCGGGCGAAACAUUCGAUGUCAUCUUGGACUUUGCAGGAGCUCAGAAGACGGUUGAGGCUGCGAUAUCCUCGGUGAGGCCUGGUGGGUGCGUGGUGUUAGUGGGGCUUGCGGCCCAGCGCGUGCAAAUCACGACGACGGCAAUUGUCACGCAGAAUGUCUCGCUCAAGGGCUCGACGAGCGCUAGCAUUCAAGAGUUUACAGAAGUGUUGGAUUUGAUCGCAUCAGGGUCGACAAGACCGUUCAUGAAAGAGAUUCCAUUCGAGGAUGUCGGAAAGGGGCUUGAGCUGUUGGGCACUGGAAAUGUUAACGGGCGUUUGUACACUGUUCCUUGA